AGAUUUGAAAUCUUUUUUACCGGAUUUCCUGCUCCCGAAAUAAAAUGGUACAGAGAUGACGUUGAAAUUCAACCGUCACGUGAUUUUCAAAUUAGCCAAUCAUUUCAAAGCAGUCAGCUGCUCAUACCGGAAGUAUUUCCAGAAGACGCCGGAAGUUACAGCGUUCGUGCCCUGAGUGACACUGGAUUUGCAGAGUGCAGAGCUGUCCUGAAAGUCGAAGGUUUGCUUUUUAUUCCAAGAAUCUCUACAGUCAAGGAUUCUCCACCGGAAGUGAAAAAUUACCUCCAGGACAUAUCCGUCAACGUAAACGAACCAGUUGCUUUUGACUGUAAAAUUGUAGGCCAUCCUAAGCCGGAAGUCACGUGGUUCAAGGACGGCCAGAAACUUCCAGAGAGUCCCCGCUACAAAACAGUGACAGACGAUGAGGGUCACCAGACCCUUCUCAUCUACCACAUCACCCCUGUCGACCAGGGCGUGUACGUAUGUGAAGCCACCAAUAAACUCGGCAGGCAGUCAACUUCGGCCAAGCUGACCAUAAAAGGUGAGCCACGAUUCGUGAAAGCUCCGUCUCCACCAUCGACCCAUACUUUCCCGAAGUUGCUGCAGCCCCUUCAAGACGUCACAGCCAACGAAGGCGAAUCCGUCCAAUUAAAAUGCGUCAUCGUCAGUGAACCCUACCCUGUAGUUACGUGGUACCACAAUGGUCAGCCAAUCAAACCUUCCAAAUAUUUCACCAUGACCUCUGAACCCAACGGAAGCCAUGUUUUGAAGUUGGCAGCCGUGUUUUCGGAAGACGAAGGAUCGUACAAAUGUGUUGCCAGGAAUGCCAAAGGGCAUGUUGAAACUAGCGGAAAACUUUUCAUAAGAUGUUAG